AUGCCGAGGCGCGAUCCAGCAUGCGCGACGUGCCGCGAGAAGUGCCGCCGCUGCGACCGUGCAAGACCCGUCUGCAAGCGAUGUGCAACGCGCGGGCUCGAGUGCAAGGGAUACCCGGAGACCUUCCAGUUCAAGCCCGUCACCGUCGCCGAACCGCGCAGGUUGGCUGCGAGGUAUACUACUCGGAAGCGAAAGCUCGCGGCGCUUCAGCCUUACGAGGAGGAGUUUCCAACUACGGAUGUGCAUGUGCCUCUCGCCGCUGGAGAUGGCGCAGUGGGUGCGGAUCCUGAUAGUCCAUGGAACCCUGCUAGCACAACUCUCCAGCAGCGAGGGCUAGUCUCCGAGUCUUGGGAUGGGGAAGUUGGCCUGUGGUCAUCAUCAUCAUCUAUAGACUAUAGUCCCUCGCCGCCGCCGCCGCCGCCGCCGCAGCAGGGGAACCAGAUGGCGGAAUUGGACGACUUGCUUUUGCAGACGCAGACACAGCGCCUGUUGGCCUAUUAUGACACGGUAAUCUGCCCGCACCAAAUCGUGCUGACCGGGAGGGACAAGAGGGAGAACCCCUACCGGUCAUAUGUCUUGCCAUUAGCGUACGAGCAGCUCGGGCUUCUCUACGCUGUACUGGGGCUCGCGGCAUGCCAUGAUGGGCUUCGAAAUGGCAAGGAGGAUCUGCGUGAAGUGGCGGACGAGUACCGACUGCGAUGCAUCAGCUGUCUGAGGAAGAGUCUGGAGAAAGGCAUCUCGCCGCAGUCGCACGAGAAUGAGCGGGAUGGACUAUUCGCCACGAUCCAGCUGCUACUUCUGCAUGAUAUCUGCGAAUCCGGCAUCUCCACACAUGGCGCACACAUCACCGGCGCCAUGUCAAUUUGCAGCCAGCUGAGAUUGUCCACCACGUUAACGGACAAGGAUGAGCGGGCGAUUUUCUUCUUGGGCAAUCUAGCAUGGCUGGAUGUGAUCCGAUCCCUAUCCGAUGCAAAGCGCCUCUGUUUCUCUCCCGGACUGCGCCAGACCAUCGCCGCCCUGAGCACGCCCAAAUUCGAACAGGUCAACGGGUGCCCGCGCGAUCUCUUCCUCAUGGUCGGCGACGCGCUGGAAUACGCCAAAUCCCGCGCGAUGGGCCGCAUCGAUCGCCGGCAAUACAAGCAGCUCCUCCUCGGCGUGCAGCUGAGAAUGUACGCAUGGCCACUGUCCGACUGGGCAUUUCCGGAUGGCGGCGAUGGUGGCGAUGGCGACAACAGGAACUGCUGGGCCGCCGUUGGCGAAAGCUUCCGGCAUGCGUUUAUUCUGUACACGUCGCGAAUGUUGGCCCCCGAGCGGCCCGCCGAGGCAGCGGUCAUCCAGGACUCCGUCACGGCCAUCCUCGAUGCAGUCUCUGGGAUCCACACCGGUCCGAUCGAGCUUGUUAUCCUGCCGCUGUUUAUUGCGGGGGCGGACUGCAUCUCCCGGCACUCGCGCCACUACGUUAUACUUCGUCUUGAUGGGAUCUCUGCUAUCUCCGGGUUUAGCACGGAGCUGCCCAAGAUGUUGCUCCGGCAGGUGUGGGACGCACGGUCGAGGCAGGCGAAACGGGAGGGUGAGAAUAUACUGUGGACUGCGUUUACAGAUACGACGGAGAACGGCUUUCAGAGCGAUUAUCUCAUUAUAUGAGCGGAACAAGGCUAGGUACUUUUCCGUUUCGAACAUUCGGCAUGCAAGGGUGAUCCUCGUACUCGAUUAGGUCCGGGCAGGGUACUGAUUUGCUGUACUGUACAGAUUCUACUGGAGAGAUAUCUAUGUACCAGAUUCUAGGCUAGCAGAGUAGACCCAGGCGACGCUACCAACCAACUGUUCAGCCUCGAACCUGAAAGCCAUCCAUCGACAUGAGCAGCAUAAUAUAGCAUAGC